GGGAAACUCACACCAGACCAGGUGCAAGUUCUCAUGGCCUCACUGCUACCAGCCGAAGUCCGGUGCAGUGCACCCCAGCAAGCGUACCUAGCCUCAAUGGUCGCGCUCGGGUCAGACCAAGGGGUAGCCAUGGCUGAUGUCACGUCCUCGCUCAAGUCCUGCCGCACGGCAUAUAAGGAGGCUGCCGCCAUUGUGCGCAUGACUGAGGGCGGCAAGGAGCGCCCCGAGAUGGCAGAAGAUUCCAUUGGUGCCGAAAUGGCUCUGUGUCGACUUGCUGAGAUGCUGGUGCAGCCGGGAAACACGACAGCAGCCAUGUCAGCAUUCCAGCAGUACGAUUCCUCUGGUGAUGGUUACCUUGACGUGGGGGAGCUAUGCAAAGCACUGAGGUCUUUGCCAGGGGUGCAGCUAAGCAAUCACGAGGUCCGGCUGCUCCUGGCAUACCUCUUCCACUAUGGUGACAAAGACAAGGACUUGAGGCUGUCCGUGGCAGAGCUGCAGUCCUCUUUGGCACCUUUCGUCCCCAGGCCCAAGGAAGAGGAGCUGCAGCGUGCCGUUGCUGCCUAUAAUGCUAAUCACAACCUGCCAGCACUGUUGCGGAACAUACACAAGCUCCAGCCAGCACUUUUAUCUGCAGUGUGCACGCAGCUGUCCGGUGGUGCAGGGGCUGCUUCACCAUUCCCACUAGAAUCACUUGGUGCUUUGAUUGCCAUGGCAGCCCCCGGUGUGACCAUUCCUUCCCUUGAGGUGGAGCGGCUGCGGCAGCUACUGGUGCUUGACACAGGGGUCCAUACCAUGCAGCCAGCCGAUCUUGUCACCCAGGUCGGCCUAUGCGCUGAUGCGAUUAAGCGCGCGGCGGCCAUUUCCAGGAUGGUAUUGGAAGCCAAGAGCCAGAACAUUCCAGUGCAGUUGGACACGGACCUGGGUGGGGCUGAGAUAGUGCUGCAGCGCAUGUCGGACAUGCUGGUGGAGGGCAAUGGCCAGCAGAUUGCAGAGGCCUUCAAGCGCUUUGACAAGGAUGGCUCAGGCUACCUGGACGGACCUGAAUUCUGUGGUGCCCUGCGCCAGGCUCAGGCAAUGAUCACCAUGGAUGAAGUCAGGACAAUGCUGGCCUACAUCCACAUGGAUGCAGACAGGGACGCGAAUGGGCACAUUUCAUUGGACGAGAUUCAGGCAAUCUUAAGGCCUUUCCAGUAACACGUGGAUAAUGUAGAACCUUCCCACACGCACAUGUCUAGCAUGUGUAUGUAUGGUCGCCUUUAUAUGAACGCACACAAGAUGCUGACACAACUGGCAUGAUGGUAUAAUGGAGACAUGAUAGCACGUCCUUGAGAGGUUGCGUAUCUAUGGUAUGGUACUGGUUGUGGUGCCCACUGGGCAAGUCGGUAUUGGUAAGGGUUUAGUAAAAUUCUGCUUGUGUGUGUUGCUUAAAAUGUACUAUGCAAACUCCUAACUGCCAUGGAACGGAUGCUGUGACAUUGGUUGCUGCACCUGCACAAAGCUAGCGCAGUGGCAGUUAGAUUAAGCACACCUGAGUUUGGUAAAAGCAGUUUAGGCACACCUGCAUAUGGUCCAAAUGGACACACCUUCUUAGCAUGAUGAAGUCCACCAGGGCCUAUCUCAACUCACAUGGAUGGUGCUGUAAAGCACCUUUUGG